AUGUUUCUGCCUCGCAAGCUGCAGAAACGCACACAUGCUGGUCGCACCACCCCGUCCAACGCCGCUGCCUAUGCUGCUCAGCAGUUUGAUCAGCAUAUCACCGAACCCCAGUCCGAUGGCGGUACGGCCCAGCAACAAGCUGCUGCAAUCAGUACACCAUGUGGUUCGAGCUCCAAGCACACCGCUUCCCAAGGUCAAGCCUCGCCGUCAGCGUCGGACUCGAAGGCUGAAGCUGCGAAACUCGAUCGACUUGUCGACUUUCUUUUCGUCCGACUUUCCCCACUAGGCCUUCGAAUGAGCCACUCCGACCAAUCCCAUGGCGGCAGGCAACCGAGCGACGACGACCUGUAUUCAGUCUUACUGAAAAGCUCCCAACGCCUUCGCAACGGUCACAAUGCAAACAACGACGAAGAUGAAAAGCGUUCGGGCACCCCUGUCACGAUUCAUCUCGCGCGGCUGCGCACCUUGCUCCCGGGCCUCGCUACGCGGUGCAAAUCCAUCGAGCUCCUCUCGCAGGCCCUGCAGGUCCUUACCCAUAGUUCUGCAGCCAACUGGCUCGUGCUGCAUCACCAAGCGUUCUCGGUAGAAUUCUCGGCAGCGUACAUUCGGGUGCUGGGCGGGACCGAGUGUCUCAACAGUGCCACACUGGCGCCGCUGCUCGUGUACGUCGAAUCCAUCCCGCCUAGAAUACGCACACGCAAGCAGGCUGCCAGCUAUCUGCACAGCCUGGUCAGCAGCAACGCACCCGAUCCGAGCGACGCUGGGAUGGUGCUGGCUGUCGUCGAACCCGGCACCGCUGAUCGAUGUAUGAUGUCCGGCCGCGAGGCGGGGUUGGCGGGUUCGAUCAUGGACGGCAAGUGGACGUCCGGUCGGGCGUUCUUUGUGCUCAGUUCGCACGAGCAUGUCGAGGCGCUGUGUCGGGUGUAUGCGUGGCAUCUGUCGCGCCGGUCACCCGGCCCAGCGUCGGCGUCGGCGUCGGCGUCGGAACCGAUCCGAUGUCUGUCCUGGUGCGCAUGGGUCGAGAUGCGCGACCUCUAUCGCAGACAGCAAGCGUCCGUGCGGCGACCACCCCUCGACCCUCCUGCCCCCAGGGAUGGAGGCGAACGAACCCCAGCCGUUUCUGACCACGCGCCGCCCGACGUGGACCCAGCGGAACCAUGGUAUCGAGGAACCAUCCUUCUCUUCCCGCUACCCCUCACCCCGGGCAGCACGGCUCUUGCGUCGCUGCUUCCGCCCGCGCCCUUCACACCGGCACAGCUGACACAGGCGUUUCUGAACCGACGCCUGAAACCGCAGCUGGAACAACGCGUGCCCGAGUCGAUCUCGUACAUCCACCCACAGCGUCCGACAGGUGCGGACGCCAUGACGGUCGUGAUCCGUACGGCUCACCCGACACUCGCGGCACGACUCGUGCACCACUUCCCGCACCUCGCCCCCAUGGAGAACGCACAGGAAGAUACAUACUGGGCCAGUCUUCCAGAGAAGACACGCAAUGCGGCACAGCGCAGGGCACUCACCCUCACCCUCACCGACCCUGGCAACACACACUAG